UAGAGAGAGAGAAAGUAGAGAGAGAAGCAGAAGAACUAUACCUAUAUAUAUAGAGAGAGAGAGCAGAGGAGGAGGAGGUGGUGUUGUGGAGAUGGGGAUGAAGGGAGAAGAAGAGGAAGCUGGGUUUCAGAGCUCGGGGAAGAGGCUAAAGUACGCCAGAGGUGAAGAGAGAGAGGAAGAGGAAGAAGAAGAAGAGGUGGAGGAGGGGGAGAGAGAGAGUGAGCUUCCGUUGAAGCUUGGAAAUUUCUUCUACCCCAUGAUUCCAGCUGCUUUCGUUGUUUCUGACGCUUUAGAACCCGAUUUUCCCAUCAUUUACGUCAACAAAGUGUUCGAGAUCUUCACUGGCUAUCGCGCCGACGAAGUUCUAGGUCGAAACUGUCGGUUCUUACAGUAUAGAGAUUCUCGUGCCCAAAGACGACACCCUUUAGUGGAUCCUGUUAUUGUUUCUGAGGUCCGAAGAUGUCUUGAGGAAGGCAUCAAAUUCCAAGGUGAGCUUCUCAAUUUCAGAAAGGAUGGCACUCCCUUGGUGAACAGGCUAAGACUUGCCCCGAUACAUGGUGAUGAUGGAACAGUGACACAUGUAAUAGGAAUUCAAGUGUUUUCUGAAGCAAAAAUAGAUAUGAGUAGUGUAUCAUAUCCAGUUUUUAAAGAAACUUGCCAGCAACAACUUGAUCAAUCUGGUAUGUGCUCUCCAAAGAGUGGACAAUUACUAUACAAGCAAAACCCAGAAAUAUGUGGGAUUCUUCAGCUCUCCGAUGAGGUCCUGGCUCACAACAUCUUGUCACGCUUGACGCCAAGGGAUGUUGCAUCCAUUGGCUCUGUCUGCAGAAGGAUUCGUCAGUUAACAAAGAACGAUCAUGUGAGGAAGAUGGUAUGUCAAAAUGCAUGGGGAAGAGAAGUCACAGGCACAUUGGAGCUAAUGACUAAGAAACUACGUUGGGGUCGUCUGGCUAGGGAACUGACCACUCUUGAGGCUAUUUGUUGGAGGAAGCUCACAGUUGGAGGUGCAGUGGAACCUUCACGCUGCAAUUUCAGUGCAUGUGCAGCAGGGAAUCGACUUGUAUUGUUUGGAGGGGAAGGAAUUAACAUGCAACCAAUGGCUGACACAUUUGUUCUCAAUCUUGAUGCUGCGAAUCCAGAGUGGCAUCGGUUGAGUGUAGAAUCAUCCCCACCAGGGCGCUGGGGCCAUACACUCUCAUGCCUCAACGGGUCCUGGUUAGUUGUAUUUGGUGGAUGUGGGCGACAAGGAUUGCUCAACGACGUGUUUGUUCUUGACUUGGAUGCCAAACGACCAACAUGGAAGGAAGUUUUAGGUGGAAAACCCCCUCUCCCUCGAUCUUGGCAUAGCUCUUGCACCAUAGAAGGCUCCAAAUUAGUUGUCUCUGGUGGAUGCACCGAUGCUGGCGUACUUCUGAGUGAUACAUAUCUAUUAGAUCUCUUGACAGAUAAACCAACGUGGAAAGAAAUACCCACUUCGUGGGCUCCCCCUUCUAGAUUGGGGCACUCACUUUCCGUUUAUGGGAGGACAAAGAUUCUUAUGUUUGGUGGGCUUGCCAAGAGUGGAAAUUUGCGAUUGCGAUCAGGUGAGGCAUACACAAUUGAUUUAGAAGAUGAAAAACCGCAAUGGAGGCAACUAGAAUGCGGUGCGUUCACUGGCAUAGGUGGUCAGAACGCUGUGGUUCCUCCUCCUAGACUAGACCAUGUUGCUGUGAGCAUGCCUUGUGGGAGGAUUAUCAUCUUUGGCGGUUCUAUUGCUGGGCUAUACUCUCCUUCGCAGCUUUUCUUGUUGGAUCCUUCCGAGGAGAAACCGUCGUGGAGGAUUAUUAAUGUUCCUGGGCAACCACCAAAAUUUGCUUGGGGUCAUAGCACAUGCGUGGUUGGAGGAACAAGGGUUUUGGUUCUUGGAGGGCACACCGGGGAGGAAUGGAGUCUCAAUGAAUUACAUGAGUUGUGCUUGGCAAGCAAACAGGAUUCGGAUCCAUGAUUUUAAAUUUCAAGUUUGCGACAUUUGAGUGGGAUUUUCUUCAAGCUCUUGGAGGCUACAGGAGGUUUCUUCAUCUUCUGUCUGCUGUUUGUUGUCUGAAGUAUUGUAUAUGAAGUGUAGGCUGGUGAUUGAGUUUGUUAUGCUUUAUGUUCCUGAUAUUUAACCUGAAAAUUAUGUUUUGUAUUUGCGUACCUAUUUUA